AGACCCAAUUGGACAUCUCUUCCAUCCUCCAAUCACAAACUCUGCAGCAAAUCUUUACACAGAAAUGGGAAAAAGUUUAGAAAUUCCAAUUCCUCACUUUUUUUUAUCUAAACUUGCUAGAGGGGUUUGGAUGCCACGUAAUGACAUGACGGGUUUACUUGAACUUGAUGGCCAUAAAUACACCUUCACUCUGCUCCUCUGUUUCUCAGAGCUCACCAUUCAAAGAGAGGAGGUAUAACACAACAACAAUAUGAGCAGCGAGAGAACGACGCCGCUUUCAGUGCCGGUAGGCUACAGGUUCCAUCCCACCGAAGAGGAGCUGGUGAACCAUUACUUGAAGAAGAAGAUUCAUGGCGGAAAUGAUUCCGAAAUCAACCAAAUCAUCCCUGAAAUCGACCUCUGCAAAUACGAGCCGGCUGAGCUUCCUGCAUUGUUGGGGACUGAGACAGAGGCUCAUGACAUGGAGUGGUUCUUCUUCACCAGAAGGGCUUAUAAGUACAACAAAAGCUCUCGCUCGAAUCGGAGCACCAAGAAGGGAUACUGGAAGAUCACAGGGAAGGAGCGUGGAAUUAAAGCUCGACGAUCAAAAGCUGUGAUUGGGAUGAAGAAGACAUUGACUUUUUACCAGGGUCGUGUGCCGAAAUCGAAGAAGACCAGCUGGGUCAUUCAUGAGUACUAUCUUCCUGGAAAUGGAGUUAUUAAGCAGGCCCAGGGUGACUUUGUUAUCUGUCGCUUGAAGAUUAGAUCAGAUAAGAAGGAUUCUUCAGUCAGUAAUGAAGGAGAACCCGGUAGCGUGAGUGUGUCUGAAAUGAAUCAAGAGGGAAAUGAGGAGUUGCUAUUCCAUCAACCUCAGGCUCUGGAUGACUGCUGCUCCUCAGCACUGCAGUCACCGGUGUCCCAAAAGCUGGAAGCUGUUCUGCAAACCAAUGUCACUAAUGAUGAUUGUAAUGAGUUACAAUCACCAUUUGGAGAUAGUGAUUCUUGUCUAUUAGACGGGAAUGAAGUUUCAACCUGUGAUGAAAAUGAGGCUGUGUAUGAUGUGUUUCCACAGCUACGUGAUCUGUCAGAACAAAAUCUGGAUUCACUCUUUGGUCCACAUCAGCCACAAGAAUACUGUCCUGCCAUACUGCAGCAGUCACCAAUAUACACAAAGCUGGGAGAUGUUCCACAUCCACUGCAGCCACAAGAUUACGAGCCCUCAAAGUUUCAAUCACCAAUAUACACAAAGCUGGGAAAUGUUCCACAUCCACUUCAACCACAAGAUUACCAGCCCUCAAAGUUGCAGUUAUCAAUAUACACAAAGUUGGGAAAUGUUCCAGAUGCCAAUCUCUAUUGUGGUGAAUGCAAUAAUUGGCAAUCUGCAAUUAAAAAAAAUGUUUCAACCGAUGAAGUUGGCAUAUCAGUUAGACAAAUCAUGUCUAAUUUUGAAAAUCAAGCUACAGAUUUUAAGGUUCCAGAGGUGAGAAUGGUGCAUCAUCCUCAAACCAAAGAAAAUUUGGAAUCAGUGGUUUAUCCAUUCCAGCCACAAAAUUUCACAUCGCAGCCACUGAUGUACACAGAAUUUGGAGAUGCUCUACAUAAUACUGAAAGCAAUGAGUUGCAAUCUUCAUUUGGGCAUAAUGACUCUUCUCUCACAAAGUUCUUGAAUACAAAUUUUGCUUACCAGGAUUGUUACUCGGUUGAUCAAACAGCAGACUCCUUUCAAAGACUCUAACCUGCCAAACUCACUAGGAAGGGUCUACCAUGGGGAUAGUGGAGUAAGCAAUGAUUCAAACACUGAAGUAGCCCAUGGAUGGGUACAAUAUUCGUCUGCAUUAGCUAUUGGAAAUACCCUCCAAUGUAGCUAAUGAACUCCAAAAGGUCUGAUAUUAUCCUACAAAGAUAUGACAAUCUUCUAAGUAACACGAACUUUUUUAGCAGGAUUGAUGGUUUGCUCUCUGCACUCAGAUUGUUAGGUAGAAUGGUCCCGGACCUCAUUCUUGAUACUAAAGAAAAAUGUCACUAAACCUAUAGCUAGUAGGGUUAUUUGUAAAUUAGUUGUUACUUACAGUUACUGAAAUGUAAUAGCUAGUUGGUUGAUGGAGUAUUAGUUGCAAAUGUGUGUGAUUGUUAAUAGUUUGAAACCUUAUAAGUAAUUUAUCAAGUUUAAUGGGAUUUUGUGUACUGUUAUCUCCAUUUUUCUGUUGAUGGCUCAAUAGCAAAUACAAAAAAAUCACUGUAAGACUGAGUUUGGGAAUUUGGGUACGACAUGGCUACCGAUGCAGAACAAAAUAGGUUGAAGGCAUUGAAACUUUGAAACCUCUCACUGGUCAUCUGCUUAUGCAAGCUUAAUGUUAAAAUCGAAAGAUAAUAAUUUGA